AUGUCUCUCAAAAGUCCAAAACUCCUCCUUCAGUUCACACUCCCUCUACCAAAAAGAUGCCACUUUAUUAGAACUAGUGAAUGUUGGGAAAGUUUGUGUGCAUCAUCAGUAAUCGAGAGUUGUUUUUCAAGCCAGAAUCUUGACUUACACAAUAUGACAAGUAGGAGGAACAGCAAGACCAAGCGAAAAUUCAGUGAUGAACAAAUCAAGUCGCUGGAAAUUAUGUUCGAGGCAGAGUCAAGGCCAGAGCCUCGGAGAAAACAGCAGCUAGCUAAUGAGCUUGGUCUGCAGCCUCACCAGGUUGCAAUAUGGUUCCAGAAUCGGAGAGCCAGAUUGAAGACUAAACAGAUUGAGCUAGAGUACCGCAUAUUAAAAGCUAGUUAUGACACUCUAGCUUCCAGCUUCGAGUCACUAGAAAGAGAGCAUCAGUCAUUGCUCCUGCAGUCCCAGAAACUGAAAAGCCUGCUGGGUGAGCCACAUGGGAGCGAAAAGGGGAACAGCAGUGAAGGCAUAUCGGUGAAAAGAGAACCUGUGUUUGAAUCAAAAGAAAUUGCCGGAGUUCUAUCAGAAAGUGACCAUCACCAAACCAACAUGCUGAUGAGUGAUGCUGCUGAGUACACUGCAGAAGAAACUGGCAUUCUGAACAUGGUAGAACCAACAGAUGGUUCCCCAACAUCAUUAGGAGAUUGGUGCAGUAGUUUUCUUGAUGAAUCUAGUGUUAAUUCAGAGUGGUGGGAGUUAUGAUCUUUGAUCGAUUGCACCACCACCAUAACUACCAUAGAAGUAAAUGUAUGUAAGUAAUCUUCCUAAAGAGUAAAGAAUAUGGUAGCAUUGCAUCAAAGUGAAA